CGCUCUCAGGCAGCGCUUGGCAGAGUCUUGGCGUGGAGUGUGUCAUUGUGGAGCCAGAGAUAGAGAGAGAGACAGCGGAGCGGCAGACAGGCACCGUCCGCCCUCUACAGCCCGGGACCCGGCUCUCCCGCUUCUCCGCCUCUCCACAACCUCUCCCAGGCGCGGCACAGACCGCCCAGAGAUGACGGCCGGGGGCCGGCGCUCCCCGCGGCCGCUGCUGCUUCUCCUCGCCGCCUGUCUGCAGCCGCUGAGCGACUGCCUGUUCGUUACCGAUUACUUCACCAGGACGCCCCGCAAGCUCAACGCCUUUACUUCCUUCACUAGCGCCGAGCUCUUCCAUUUCCACGUGCCCGAGGACACGGUGGUGGCCAUCUGGAACCUGAUCACCUUCAAGGAGCAGGGAGGAAGCUUCGGAGAUUCGUGCCCGGAUCGAGACAUCACUGUGUACUUCAGGCCGGGGGCACCGCCCGUCAUCAACCCCCUCCACACCCGCUUCCCCGGCGACACCGUGGUGCCGGGCUCCUUCGCCGUCACCCUGACCUGGAGUUUGCCAAACCGCACCACCGGCGCCUUUAACAUCACCAGCCCGCUGCCCGGCGACUGGUUCCUCGCCGCGCACCUGCCCAAGGACACGGGCAAGAUUUCUGUCAAGGGCCUCUAUGAGGAAUGCCAAUACCUGUUCCAGCCCCAGCUCAUCGUCCAGAGGUUGGUCGGCAUUCCCGUGCUCUUUCCCGGGUACCUGAUGGAUCAGGUGAUCCCGGCCCACAACAAGUCGUCCCUUUACAAGGUCUUCGUCCCCAGUUACACCUCUCGGGUGACGGUACGACUCUCGGAGUGCAGCUGCAGCAACGCCACUCUGCGUGGGUGCCCAGUGCUGCUGAAGCUCAGGGCCAAGGCGCCGCCGCUGCACAACUCCAGCCGUGUCGACUGCGCGGGACUGCGCGGCUGCCAGCUGCAGCAAGCCGCCCCCUUCUGGCAGCAGUGGUACUACAUCCUGGUGGAGCGCACCGUCCGCGAUGUCACCAUCUCCUUCCAGGUCGGGGUUCAUAUCCAAGAAUGUUCCAAGCCGGCCUCUUCCGGAAGUGUCGAGGCCGAGAUCACUCCGGCGCUGAACAUGCCCCAGUCGUUCGGGGCCCCCGGGAGCCCGUCCAUCCUGGAUGCGCUGCCCGUGGUCGGCCUCUCGCCCCGGCAGCUCAACGUGUCGGGGCCGGGCGGGGCGGGGGGUGGGGGCGAGGGCGCGGCCGGGGAGCGGUGCUGGCCCGUGCGCCCCACGCUACGGAACGAGCUGGACACCUUCUCCGUCCAUUUCUACAUCUUCUUCGGCCCCAACAUCUCGGUGCCGCCCAGCGGACAGGCCGUGUUCGCCAUCAACCUCAUGCCCGUGCUCGACAGUGGAGGAGUCCUCAACAUGGAGCUCAAACUCAACACGUCAUCGUUGAAGGGGGAGAAUGCGACUGUGGUUGGCUGCCUGAACCAUGGCGUGCCCAUGACCUCUUCCAAUAACACGUCGACCAGCUGUAAAUCAGAAAGGUCGGCAGGGUUUGCUUUGCUGGUCAACUCCAGCGCAAACAUCACCAGAUUGCACAUACCCUACCCACAGACCGGAACCUGGUACAUCAGUCUCCGUACCCUCUGUGAUGUUGGCCAUGGGUUUGAGGAGUGCAGCAACGUGACGGCGGAGGUUUACCUGCGGAUGUUCACGACGCCCUGCAUCAACGAGUGCGGCACCUAUGGCCAGUGCAAGCUGCUGCGCACCAACAACUACCUCUAUGCUGCCUGCGAGUGUAAAGCAGGAUGGGACGGGUGGGGCUGCACGGACAACAUGGAGGCGUACUCCUACAGCUUCCAGCUCCUCUCCACCCUGCUGCUGUGCCUCAGCAACCUGAUGUUCGUGCCGCCCGUCGCCAUCGCCAUCCGCGGCAACUACCUGCUGGAGGCCUCCGUCUACAUCUUCACCAUGUUCUUCUCCACGUUCUACCACGCCUGUGACCAGCCGGGCAUCGUGGUGUUCUGUAUCAUGGACUACGAUGUGUUGCAGUUCUGUGACUUCCUCGGCUCCCUCAUGUCCGUCUGGGUCACCGUCAUCGCCAUGGCCCGGCUCCAGCCCGUGCUCAAGCAGAUCCUCUACCUCCUGGGCGCCAUGUUGCUGUCGAUGGCUCUGCAGUUGGACCGGCAUGGAUUGUGGAAUUUGUUGGGACCAAGCCUGUUUGCUCUCGGAGUCAUGGCCAUCGCUUGGACGGUGAGGGCGAUCAGUAGACGCCACUGUUACCCGCCCACCUGGAAGCGCUGGGUCUUCUACCUGUUCCCGGGCACCGUCAUCGCCACCUCGGCCGUGGCGCUCUACGCCUUCGUGGAGACGGAGGGCAACUACUUCUACAUCCACAGCAUCUGGCACAUGCUGAUCGCGGGCAGCGUGGGCUUCCUGCUGCCCCCCAGCACCGGGUCCCAGCGCGGGGGAGUGGGGGCGCCGAGAGCCGCCGGGGCCGUGCCGCUGCCGAAGAAGAGGAGCUGCGGCUACCGGCUGUGCAUCAACGAGCAUGAGGAGAUGGGUCUGGUCGACCCGGGACUGGUGUCGGUCAACAGCGUCUGCAGCAGCUGAUGUCUCCGCGGCCGGGAGAGGCCAUUUCCUCAGGCGGACCCGCGGGAGGAGGAGGAGGAGGAGGGGGGAGAGUAGCGGGAGAAGGGAGAGGAGCGGGCACUCUGUAAAUAACACAAGCCCAGGCCGCCCCUCAACCCGUGAACACGGGACAACUCUUUGCCCUCACACAACCUUCCGUGGACUCAUCCAGGCGUUCGACUUUGCGAGGUCAAACGUAAGGUGGAAGAACACAGUCGAAGCCAAGACCUUCACCAGCGUUGAUGUUGACAUGGAACUUGGGGGGGUCCAAGUCCAUAACUCCCUGAAAGUGGCCACAGACGGCUGUGGAGGCCAGAUCAAUGGAUGUUUUUUAAGGCGAAGAUUGGCAUAUUCUUGAUCAGCAUCAGAGGUUACAGGGAGAAGGCAGGAGAAUGGGGUUGAGAGGGAAAGACAGAUGAGCCAUGAUUGAAUAGCGGAGCAGACCUGAUGGUACCGAAUGGCCUAAUUCUGCUCCUAUAACUUAUGACCUUGGGAACACAAGUGAAUAGAGCGGUAAAGAAGGUGGCCGGUUUGCUUGCCUGCAUCGGCCGUGGUAUUGAGUAUAAGAGUCAAGAAGUCACGACGCAGCUCUGUAGGACUUUGUAGUAUUGUGUGCAGUUCUGGUCGCCCCCACUUCAGGAAGGAUGUGG